AUGAAUAAAUGUGAUCGAUGUGAAAAACCGAUAGCUAAAAGAACACCUGGAUUAGAAUGCAGCAAAUGCGAAAAAUUUGUGCACGCGACCCAGGCCUGUACUAAUCUUUCGACUAAACAGAUUGCAGCAUUACGCAACGCGGAUAGCCUGGAAUGGACAUGCAAGGAUUGUCAACGUUUCACACCGGUAAGAAAAUCGUAUAUUAUCCCUGAAGAAGAAGAAAAAGUAGAACAAAAUGAACAAACUCAAGAUCAUUCGUAUUCUAAGCCAUCAAUAGAUAUUAAAAAGUUACUGAAGGAUAUUUCAAAGGAAGUUGGAGUCACUAUAAAACGCGAAUUGGAGCCAAUCGAAUCUUCUAUAAGUUACUGUCACGACAAACUAGAUGAGGUGCUCGACAAUGUGGAUGUUCUAAAACGUAGAAUUAUAGAAUUAGAAACUAAAAAUAUAGCAUUAAACAACAAAAAUAAUAAUUUGGAAAUAAGAAUAAAUGUUUUAGAACAAAAAAUAGGAGAAUUGGAACAAAAACAAUACAGUAACAAAAUUGAACUAACUGGUAUAUCGGGUAUAGAUAACAUUAAUCAUCAUCAAGUAACUAAAAUAUUAGCAUCCAAAUUAGAUAUGGAUGCGAGUUCAGUUAAAAGCAUAAAACAGAUAGAAGGAAGAAAAGGAAAGGAUGGAUAUCUGCUACUAGAACUAAGUGAUGAAACAGAGAGUGAGAAAUGGAUCCAAGCCGCAAAAAUGAAGAUAUUAAAAAUUAAUGAUAUUCUUCCAAAUGCGCCAAUGAUAUAUAAUGAGGGUAAAGAUAGAAUUAUGUUAAGACGCGCACUCACAAAGACAAAUAAGAUAAUCUUGUGGAAUGCAAAAAAACAAUUAGGUUCCGAAUACAAGUACAUAUGGUUUAAAAAUGGACACAUUUUCGCGCGAAAAGGAGACAAAGACAAGAUCACAACCAUUAGGUGCAUCGAAGACAUCCAAAAACUUGCAAAAAAAAUCACUAUUCAGUCCCUAAAUACAGAAGAAACGGAAGUAGUUAGUUAA